AAGAGUCUUCUCCAACAGGGUGAAGUUAAAGUUCAGAACUCGGUGAUCAAGGCUCUCGCGCCAGCAGCAGCCACAUCACCCGGCACCUCUAGCUCCGGUCCAAAGAGAAACCCGCCACUCUGCCUCUGCUACUGCGGUGUGCUCAGCAGCAGGGCAGCGAGGCGGACGCGACAGCAGGCUGGAUGGAGCAUUACCGGAAAGCUGGCUCUGUGGAACUCCCCGCACCUUGCCCAAUGCCCCAGCUGCCUCCUGAUACCCUGGAGAUGCGGGUCCGAGCUGGCAGCAAGAUCCGCAACCUCUUGGGCCUGGCGCUGGAGCGGCUGGAGGGCGGCAGCGCUCGCCACGUCGUAUUCUCAGGCUCUGGCCGCGCUGCAGGCAAGGCUGUCAGCUGUGCUGAGAUUGUCAAACGGCGGGUACCAGGCUUGUACCAGCUUACCAAGCUGCGCUUCCUGCAAACCGAGGACAGCUGGGUGCCUACCUCACCUGACACAGGCCUGGAUCCCCUCACGGUCCGCAGCCAUGUGCCUGCAGUGUGGGUGCUGCUGAGCCGAGACCCCCUGGACCCCAAUGAGUAUGGCUACCAGCCCCCCGGGGCACCCCCUGACCUCGGGCCCACACCUGCCUCCAGCUGUGGCCCUCAGCCUAGAAGAAGGGCUCGCGAUACCCGGUUCUGACGACCUGUGGGCAAGCUGUUGUCUAGACUGAGUGUCUAGGAUGGCUGUACCUGUGAGAAGCCUCUAACUGCUCAAGGUUUCCAACAAAACUUGAGUUUACAGAAGCGGGCCUCCCUGUCCUGCUUUCGCCUUCCCGCUGGCUCCUGGAAAGGGACUUUUGUGAUGAGUGACAGGUGUGGAAAAAGUAACAUCCCAAGUCAGUGUGUAGGUCAACUUGCCACAGCAUAAAAAAAUACAAUAUUAUGUAGAGAAAGAAGAAGGUACUUGCCUUCUACAUACAGUGCCUCUCAUCUGUCUUCUGACAGAGAUCCAAGGAGUAAGUGAGGAAAUAAAGUCUCUGUCCGUUUGUCUGAUGAACCUCUGCUUGGCCUGCUGUGUGGAAGUGGGAUUAAGGAAGUGGGAGUCCCUGCACUUGACCCCCAGGAGCUCCCAGUCUGGAGACAGGAAAAGUAGGUUCAGAUGGGUGCUGGGAGGAUCUGGACUGAAGAAGAAGCCUCAAGCAGUAACCUGACUGUCUAGAUCCCUGGGUGGCUGUCUGCUUCCUGUUUGGGGCAGGUUGAAGGACUCUGCAUUUUUCUCCACUUGCAGCAUAGAGACAUACCUCGUUUUGUUGCACGUCGCAGAUACUACAUUUCUUACAUGAGAAGUGGAGUUUUGUGGCAACCCUGCAUUGGACAAGUCUGGCAGCGCCAUUUUUCUAACAGUGUUCACUUUGUGUCUCUGUCACAUUUUGGUAAUUCUCAAAAUAUCUCACACUUUUAAUUAUUAUAUUUGUUAUAGUGAUCUAUGAUGUUACUACAGUAACUCAGUGAAAGCUCAAAUGAUGGUUAGCAUUUUUUAGCAAUAAAAUAUUUUAAAAUUAA